AAUAUCUAUGUCGUCUGUACUCGUCUGCCCUCGACUGCUGCGAUACCAUCCUCGCCAUCACUGCGAGCCAGCAUAACACUGCCGAAUGAGCAUAUACACGGCCCCAGGUGGGCUGUUGAUGAUGUUUCGUGCUGUGACCCGCUAGUGUGUUCCGGAUCGUGGCAAGCAACGUACGGCACGAGUGCUGUAACCUCAAUGUCGCGAGUUUCUGAGUGCGCACGCUCGUUUCAUAUCUAUAUAUAUAUAUAUCUAUAUAUUUGUACAGAUAUAUAUAUGCGUAUACAAAUAUACAAGCUAUAGAAGAGGAAGGAUAGUGCUAAGACCGCCUCAAGUGCUUAUCGGUUACUGUCGCGUGAUCAUAUAAAGAGAAACUGUGUCACGAGCUCUGUGUAUAGAGAAGGGCGACAGGUCCUACGAUGGCGUGCGCGGAUGCAAAGGCGGCAGUUGCCUACAAGACUGUCCUGUUGGGUCUGCUGGCAGCUGCUUCUAUCAUUGCGGCUGAUUCAGAUGAUAUAACAACUUGUGGAGGAUAUAUACGCUCGUCGGUGCCGAUACCCUAUCAGAAUAUCAAAAUUAAGCUACUGACGAGGGCGGGUAACAUGAAGGCCGAAGCUGAAGGCGCUCCUAAUAGUGGCUAUUUCUUAUUACCUGCUUACGACAGAGGCCAUUUUCAGCUUUGUAUAGAAGGUCCACCAGGUUGGACAUUUGACCCUCCUGCAGUGGAUAUACACUUGGAUAGCUCAAAGGCUGACCCAUGCUCGAAAGGACAAGAUAUCGACUUCACUUUUAAAGGAUUCUCUAUUAUUGGAAAAGUUGUAAGCGCGGGUUCUUUGGAAGGUCCUGAAGGGGUACCGGUUACGCUGCUGGGUAACGGGUCACGGAAAACUGUACUCACUCAAAAAGGCGGUAAUUAUGCAUUUUCUGCCGUAAUGCCGGGUGCCUAUAAACUGGAGUUCCAUGGGCACAGCGUUGAAGUCAAGGUGACCAACAACAACUUCGUGGCUGAUAACUCGACGACUUUUGUCAUUGAAGGAUAUACAAUCGAAGGAUCUUUUAAAUUUGCAGAUUCCCCUCCGACCUCCGCCUGGGCUGUGCUGGCCGUUGCUGGCUCUGCGGAUGAUGCUACAGCUGCAGGCGUUUGUUGUGGUCGUUCACCGACACCGAAUAGACAACUGCCAAAGGCUGCUGGGUUCACUAUGCCAGCCGGAUUUCGAGUGGCUUGUGUAGCGAAGGUGGACAUCGCUAACCGCGGGACGUUCGAAUUCCCAUGUGUCAAGUCAACUACGUCUUUCUUCAGCUAUUCGGUGAUUCCUGUAGCGAUAACUGCAUCGGACCAAGCAAUGGACGUCGAGCCAGACCACUUAAAGGUCGAACUAGCUCAUGGCGAUCUCCGCUUAGAUCCCUUCGAAGUGACAGGCUUCCCUGUUGAUGGGCAACUUGAAGAUGCUGGACCGGGUGUGGAAAUUCAAGUCGCCGAGACUGGCUUCGAAACAGUUUCCGACACAGCCGGACGUUUCCGCCUACUAGGAUUACGUAGUGGGCAGUAUACAUUGCUGCUAAAGAAACGUGGAUUUCAGUUUGACCCAAGAAAAGUUACAAUUAGCGUGGACCACGCAGUGCUGUUACCUAUUCGACCCGAUCGAUUUGAAGUGUGCGGUGAGGCGCUCGUAGCAGAUUCCAUCGAGAUGCAUAUAAUUGGGAAAAAAUCAACUUCGACUAAUAGCGUUACUAAAACUUUUUCCGACCUGAGUUCGGGUCGAUUUUGUGCGAUGCUGCCAAGGGGCGAUUACGUUCUUCGUCCAGUUGGCCACGUACGUCUUUCUCCUACUGAGGUUAGCUUUUCUAUUCCAGAAGCUGCAGGAAAACGUUUCGUUUUCUCACAGUUCCAAGCUGUUAUUCAGGGACGCAUUAGCUGUAUCGGAGGAAUAUGCGGAGGUGUCCGUGUUGAGCUUCGCGCCGGCCUCAACGUUCAAGGAAAAACCACGGCUGAUAGUGAUGGCAGGUUCAUUCUAAACGGUGUUGAUCCCGGUACUUAUGAGCUGUGCGUAUCGCAUCCGGGUCUUUGCUUCGAAAAGGAGUGCCAAGGAAUCACAAUUGUGGAUAAAAACUUGAACGAUGUACUCUUUGCACAAAAGGGGUUUGUUCUAAAGCUGGACAGCUCUCAUAGCACCGAGCUGCAAAUCGCCGGGAGAGUUUUACAGGUGAAGUCGGGCUUGUCGAAGCAUUGUGUUGUCGAAACGAAAAUAACCCCUCUGACACCUUUGGGGUGUCAUCGUUUUGCUCAAGCGAGUGGUCUCCAGUUCAAACCUGGAAGUGAAGAAACGGUCAAGCUUGUCGCCGAGUCCCAUCGUCUUAAAGUUAAUAUCUUUACUAAAAUAGUUGUCAAUGAUCUUAAGCUUGUUACGAAGGACGAUGAUGAGGUGAGUACAGUACAAGUCCAAGAAGUGAAAGAGAACGAUUCCAAGAUGUCUACAGGCCAGGCAGGAUCUCCUAGAUACCUAUACACUGCCGAAAUGUAUUACCCAGCUGGAAAGAAAUUAGUGUUGGAAGCAAGCAGCGCUUCAUUGCUAUUCCGUCCUUCGCAAAUCGUAGUCCGAAUGCCUAAUGACUGUCACUCUAUUGAUCUGGUCGGAAAGACCGGGAUCUUCAUUCAGGGAUCGGUGAAACCUGCCAUUGCUGGUGUCGAGGUAGUUGUUAUGGCUGAGGGGACUCUGCCAUCUGACGCUGUGCGCGUUAUGACCGACGUCAAUGGCAGCUACCGGGCCGGGCCACUAGAAUCGGCGAGGUAUACCAUUGAAGGUCAUAAGGAAGGCUAUGCAUUCGAGCGCGUUGGCGACUCGAACGAUCUAAGUGGCAUCAAAUUUUCACGCGUCGACAUCGUCGUUCUACAGAGUGGCACCAAUGAGCCGCUUGCUGGUGCUCUUGUAUCCGUGACAGGUGGCCAGGACUACCGAAACAAUAGCCGAACCGGAGCACAGGGUGAACUAUCGUUGAUCAAGCUAUCGCCGGGAUCGUACUAUAUCCGCGUUAUGAUGAAAGAGUACAAGUUUGAGCCAGUAUCAUCUAUGAUACAAGUAACCGAAAACUCUGAGCAGCGCGUGGAAAUUCUUGGUAAAAAGGUAGCCUAUUCGGUCAAAGGCAGAGUCACUUCGAUAACGGGGGAAGCCGAAUCCGACGUUGAGCUUGAGGCAAUUAGUGAGGCCUGCGACAGACACGAGGAAGAUGCCACCAGCGACGAGAAUGGCAGGUACCGCAUCAGGGGUUUGCGCGAAAACUGUGUUUACAAGCUACAGUUGAAGCAAAGCGAUCCAGACAUACCCGAGGGCUCGCGACGUUUCGAGCGGACGCUGCCUGCUAUUCGGGAGGUCCAGGUAGGUCGUGAAGAUCAGACAAUCGAUGUAAUCGUCGUCCGGCCACAACGAAGCACCCAGCUCAGUGUGACGGUUGACGCUAAUCCAGCGUUGCUGCCAUCUUUGCGAGUCGUUAUUUCAACUGCUGGUCGUCAACUGCACAACUUGCAGGCAGCACAGUUUGUCGUUGUGCCGGGUGAACUUUUGCGAGAUGGGGAAGAUUACUUGGUCGAGCUCCAGCAUGUGUCCGGAGCGAGCCUAACAGCCAAUGACAGCAGAAGCGGCAGCGGUCAAAGUAAUACGACGAUCACCACGAGUGGUCGGAGCAACCCAAGCACGUCCGCCACGGUACGGGCCGAUCGCGCCUAUCGCCAUGUAGAGCUCCGCUGUAAUGUAAGUCCUGUCGGGGCGGCAAACGAUGGCCAGCUACCAGGCGUUGGGCCGGAUACCACCGCUCCCCCGACACCAUUCGUCGCCGUUUUCUCCGUGUCCGUCGCAUUGGCCAUCAUAUUCCGAAACGAUAUCGCAGACUUCAUCCAUCGACGACAACAGGACAUACCCAAUGCGGGAGGUGAUCGUCGCAGCAAGAAUAAGAUGAGAUAAGACGGGAUAAGAAAAACUGUAUAACGUUGGCAGUAAUGCAUGAACUAAUAAAACAUUGAUAGUAGUGAAAGUAAGAUAGGAAAAAAAAUAACUGUUCAUUAAGUUCUGAAGAACAAGAUAAAAAGGGGAAGAAAAAGCAAAUAGUAGCAAAACGGGACGUGGAGACAUUUAUCACCGAUGCUUGGAGUAGCAUAUGAAUUCAUUAGGAUAUCUCUGGCAAUAUAAUGGAGUAAAAAGGAUAGUGGUGAUGAGAGAACAUCGAACGAUGUUAACUGUCAUCUUUAAAAAAAACUACAGGAUUCUACACGCUGUCGAGGAGGAAGCGGCAUACAAUCGAACCAUCGUCGAAAACAAAGGGAAGGAGUUCUGCAGUAAAAACAAAACAGUAAGGCGUUAGCGAGAAAACGCUAAUGAGAUGACCCGGUAAAGAAACUGCCGUCAGCAGUCUUACCAUGUUUGUUACAACUUACGAUAAAAACGCCGUACGGAAAACAGAUAGGACAGGUGCAAGCGUAAACUCUUUUAACCGACCGAAGUAGUUUUAAGUUCAAAAAGGGUAAUUAUUGCGGUUUAGACAUUUUAGCGUCUUACUGGAUUUUGUAUGUUCAGUGGAACGCACAUCAUCACUGGCCAAGCAAUGCAGGCUUAAGGUACGAACUAUUUCGAUCGACAGAAUGUCGACAGAAAACACUGUGACAAAGGGUGCUAUACACUUACACACACACAUAAUGACUCAUUUAGGAUCACUUGAAUCGACGACUGAAUGCUAGUGGCAUCACAAUCAGGUUGUUCUAAAGUUGUUAAAGGCGUAAAAAAAGAAGUAUCCACAAAAAGAGAAAUCAUACGGCAAGUAGUUCGCAAUGAAUGCAGCGUGUGCAGCCUUGACGCGUUCAAAGGCCAGCGGAGAAGUAGACGAGUGUUAACGUCUGGGGCACUUUGUGAAGUCCGUUUUCUGUAGUUUUAUUUCCGAAAAGAAAGCGUAAGAAAGAUAUGGCGACAACGGCAGUAAAAGCACGUAAUGUUUAGAUGUCAUUUUAGAGACCAUUUUGCGACCGGUGACGGUUGCAGAUUUUGCUUUACGAUGCGCAGACAUGAUUAGCAGGGAAACGUAACAAUCUGACUAACAGAGAAUAGUGCGAAAAACAAUGGAAGUACGCCUAGAAACUAUUGUAAUUUUAUUUCUAAUUUACUAUCGUUCAUUUUCCCCUAUGUCGCUAAGUUCACUCGAAUAGGUACUCUGCUGAGCUCACUAUAGAUAUCACGCAUUAACUGAAAGGAACUCAGUGAAACUGUCGUAAAGGGCUGUUGUGAUGUGGCUCUAUGUGGAGCUAUUAUACGGUGGGUACGAAAUAUGGUUAAUAUAUAAGUGCUUGGGCGCGUAAGAGAACUUGUCGAGCUGGCAGCAGAACAGUUCGACUGUCUAAUCUGCGUGAAAGUUUCAUGACAAAACGCGUGAUGAAAUUCUAAUAGAAAUGUGCAUAGACAAGUGGCAGUGUUGCACCCUUUUAAACAACGCUUAAGAGGGUAGCCAUGACAAUGCCUUAAAUGAACGAAUAAAUGACAUGCAGUGUGAGGUUGAGGUAGUAACGAAACGAUAGCGAAAAAAAAGAGAUUUUAGAGAAAGUGAUAACAGAAGCUAAUAGUGCAUUACUGUAAUAAACUGCAUUAAAAGUCAUCCCCUAAAAGAAGGUAAACCAAAUGUAUUUGCA